UCUUAUUUGUAUUUUAUUGUGGACUUGAAUAAUAAGAAGCUGAGUUUUGGAGUGGCUGGUUAUGAUUUGAUGUUGAUGUUGAUAAGAGUAGACAUGAGAGAGAUUGGGGUAUAAAAAGAAAUUCCACCAAAUUUGCAGUUGCAGAUGCAACAACAAGCACUACAGAGUUUGCUUGAUUCACAAUUCAGGCAGGUAGGCAGGCAGGUCUUUUGUCUCCAUCCAUCCAUACUGCAUGCCUAUUCCCUUGGCGUCCAAGCAAGCAUCAAACGUGAGUGAUACCUUCAACUCUUUCUCUUAAUUUAUAAGUUGAUAUCCAUUCCCAGACAAUAGGCAAUUCCAUGCACGAAGAAGAUCAAGCAUGAGGACUAAAGCUCAUCAACCCGGCCUCAACUUGAAGCUCCUCAUUGUAGCGGUCUUGGUUGCCAUUACCCUCCUAUUUGUGCUAAUUAGAUCAUCAAACACGAAAGGAGUGAAGCAGCAAGAGGCAUUAUUAGUAAAGAGUGAUGGGAGUUGCAACAAGAUGAAGAUACCGGGAUCGGUGUCGGAAGCACUGAUCCACUACUCAACAUCAAGCAUAACCCCACAGCAAACGGUGAAAGAGAUAUCAGUGACAGCAAGAGUUCUGGAGAAGAAGUCGCCGUGCAAUUUCCUGGUGUUCGGGUUGGGGCACGACAGCCUGAUGUGGAAUGCGCUGAAUCACGGGGGAAGGACGAUAUUCCUGGAAGAAGACGAGUCAUGGAUUCAGCAAAUGAGGAGAAGAUUUCCAAUGCUGGAGGCGUACCAAGUGAAUUAUGAGAGCAAGGUGAAUGAGGCUGAGAGCAUGAUGGAGGUUGGGAGAGGAGGAGAAUGCAGGGCAGUGGGAGAUCCGAGGUACUCCAUAUGCCCACUUGCCUUGAAAGGGUUGCCGAGUGUAGUGUAUGAGACGAAAUGGGAUUUGAUAAUGGUGGAUGCACCCACUGGCUAUUACGAGAAUGCCCCUGGGAGGAUGACAGCCAUAUACACUGCUGGGAUGAUGGCCAGGAACAGAGAGAGCGGAGAGACGGAGGUGUUUGUGCAUGAUGUCAACAGAGUCGUCGAAGACCAAUUCUCCAGGGCCUUCCUUUGUCAAAAGUACAUGAAGAAACAGGAAGGCAGGCUAAGACACUUCACAAUUCCUAGUUACAGGGACCACCACCAGGACAUGCCCUUUUGCCCUCCAUAGCUACCUCUCUUCUUCUUCUUCUUCUUCUUCAUGCAAUCAAAUAAAAUUCUCCUUUCCUUUCCUUUAUGUUCCAAUCCUUCAAUAUGAUAUUCAUUUUCAUUCA